AUGCUAAAAAUAAUGUUAAGAGUCAAACAUUUGUAGAUUUGGAUAUUUCUUUUAAAAACAGUAAAUCUCCCAUCGUGUUAUAGAAGAUGGACGUGAUCUUUUCCUUUGUCUUAAGGUUCUAAAAUCCACAAUAAAACCAGACUUGUUUUGAAAUAAGAUGAGCUGUUUUAUUUUUAUUUUCUCUUCUAGCAAAUGACACUUGUGAGAGGUGUGAGGUAAACAGGAAGCUGAUGUUAAAUGAUCGAUUUAAACACAUCAACAUCACUUCGGCUUUUGGACCAGAAGCACAAACAUCACUAGAUCCACUCUGACCCGACAGAGCACAGAGGUACCAUCACCAUCAGCCUAGACCUUCUUUAGACCUGCUUUAGUCCUGGUUUAGUUCUGAUAUGGCCGUGUUCCUGCUCUACCUUCUGCUGGUUCCUCUGGCUCUGCCUCCGGUUCUCUCCCAAGGAACCUAUUAUAAGUUUAAGCUGCAGCACACCUUCAGUGGAAACAUUCUAAAGAGCUGUACCAGGUUCAUGAAAGCAGUGUAUCAAAAGUAUCCGGACAUGGAGUGCAAGCACCACAACACCAUCAUCCUGGGAGACAACGGCUUCGAAACCAACUUGAACGACGUCACAAACAUCUGCAAACAAUAUGGUGGGACCCCAAAAGGGGGGAAUUUGUUCGAGAGUAUAAAGGAGUUUAACGUGAUCGAUUGCAAUCUGGAGUCUGGAGACUACCCACCCAACUGCAGAAUACAACAAGGUGGAGAAGAAGAACAUAAUGAAGAAGAAGAUCACCGUGACCUGUGAUAACGGGCUACCAGUGCAUUUUCAGUACUAAAAAUAAUCUAACACACUUUGUUUAUUACCUGCUUUACAUGAGAUCACUUAUGUGUUUCAGCCUCAUGUUUCUCUGCAUUAAGUCAUUUCCCUUUUGAAUCAUUAAAGCAGCAUCUGUA